AGAGGGACGCGUGUGCACACACGGAACUUCGUCUGAACCUGCGACAGUGUGUUUUCUGAGCUUAUUAUGAGAAAUAUCAUGUUCACUUUCAUUAAAAUGUGUUAAUAUUUAAAGGGCAACAUGAGCGGUAUGUGCAGGGAGGUAGUUACACUCCAGCUGGGACAUUAUUCCAACUUUGUCGGGACACAUUGGUGGAAUUUACAGGAUGCGGGUCUGGUUUAUGACGCGGUGGAGCCGGCGGGUGAGCUUCAGAGUGACGUGAUGUUCAGAGAGGGUCAAACGCUGGGUGGUCAUGUGACAUACACACCUCGACUCAUCGCCAUGGACCUCAAAGGAAGUCUGCAGACGCUGAGGAAGCAGGGCAGUCUGUAUGACACGGAGAACGAGAACACCACCUCCACAUGGGAAGGAGAGAUUAUGACUCACAAAGAAAGUCCUGCCACCAAAAACCCUUUCCUUCAGGAUCUGGACAAUAUAGAUAUGGGAGGUUUACCAGCAGAUCCAGGUUUGACGUGUCCUUCCUCUGCGGUGGAUCGCAGCUCAGGAGCGAGCGUUGCCAUGGCGACGGUGAACAGCAGUCUGGAGCGCGUGCAGAAGUCCUAUAGGCUGGAGGGGAGCGUGAGGGUGUGGUCGGACUUCCUGAGGAUACACCUCCACCCGCGCACCGUCACCGUCAUCAACCAGUACAACCAUGACGGUGAAUCUGAGCGUCUGCAAGCGUUCGGCCAGGGGGAGGCGCUCUUACAGGGCCCAUUUCUGGAGGAUCUGGAGGAUCGACUGCACUUCUUCGUGGAGGAGUGUGACUAUCUGCAGGGUUUCCAGGUGUUGUGUGACCUUGCUGACGGCUUCUCAGGCUUGGGGUCAAAGGUCACAGAGUUGUUGCAGGACUCUUACGGAGGCCGUGGGAUCCUCACCUGGGGCGUGGCACCUGUCAAUCACCCAGACACGAGCUCUGUACUGGACUUGUACCACAUGAUGAACUGUGCGUUGGGGACGCUGAACAUGGCCAAUCACAGCUCUUUCUUCUGCCCUUUGACCCUGAGAGGCGGACUGGGCAGACGUCCCCCGCCGCCCACUGCUUUCCCGCUGCUCAGCUGUGACCCGGCGCUGUGGUUUCACUCCGGCUCAGUUCUGGCUCUGGCUCUGGACUGCAUGACGGUGCCGUAUCGGUUGGGACAGGGCAGUUCAGCGAUGUGGCAGCUCUCGGACGCCCUGACCGCCUCGGGGAGGAAGGUGGUUUCAGCGUACGGCUCUGUGCCGUUUCCCAUGAUGCACGGCAGCUGCCUCCCUGAGGCUCUGGAUGCUUUUUCAGAUGCUUUACCAUGGAAACCGCUUUCAGCGUGUCCUGAGCUCGGCGACGGGCGCUGUUUCGGCCAAUCGGUGACUCUGAGAGGUUUAGACGGGCAGCGGUUAGUCAGUGCUGUCCUGCCGGGUGUGGAGCCGCCCAGUCCUCUGCACUACGAGCGCUCUGGAGAAGACGUGCUGGCGGCGUACGUCAGGUCCCGUUACCCAUCAUCCCCUCUGGCGGUGCAGCUGCUGUCCAGUCCCAGUAAACUCACGCCUCCGUUCCCACAGAUCUUCAGUCCGGCUCUGGGUCCGCAGGGCUUCCUCCAGAACCGGUCUGAUCCGGCCGACACUGGCUCUCAGCGGGUCUCUGGUGUCCCGGUGCUGACGAGUCUUCAGUCGGGUCCUGCCGUGGGUCUCCAGCUGUCCGAGCUGCAUAAGGUGUGUUCAGCGCUGGACCUGCGGCGCGUGACCCCGAGCUUCCUCUCGCACGGGCCCGAGGUCAGCGAGCUCAGCGAGUCCCUGGAGCAGCUCCGCAACCUCGCGCUCUGCUACCGCCAGGACGGCUCCCGCUCUUCCUCCGAUGAGGACGACGAGGACGACUGAGGGAUGCUCUUCGUCGAGUCGCAGAACCGCAUUCAGCUCUCGGGGAAUCAUGGGAUAUGAGCCCCGUCACCCUUCAGAACAGCACGAACAUUUAGAAGACUGUGAGAAGUACGAUUAAUCGCAUCCCAAAUCAAAGUUUGUGUUUACAUAAUAUAUGUGUGUGCACGGAGUAUAAUUAUUAUUUUUUAAAUAUAAACACACACACAUGCAUGUAUAUAUUUGAGUAUGUAUAUACUGUAUAUAUAAAUGUAUAUAUUAUACAUAAAUAAGAAAAUGUUCUUAAACAUAUACAUGCAUAUAUGUGUAUUUAUAUAUACAAAAUAGUUAUACACAGUACACACAGAUAUUACAGUAUGUAAACACAAACUUUUAUUUAGGAUGCGGACGAGCGCUAGAUGUAAACCUCAUCAAACCUGAUGUUUUUUUAGGGCUUAAUUGUGUAAAAGUCCCAAUGAAAUAGUUAUCCUUCUUAUAAAUGAUCAAAUAUGACUGUUGUUUUACCCUUCAAGAAAUUUAACGGUUAUUAUUCAUGUGCAUCCUCAUCAAAUACUUGUUUAAUAAAACCAUUUUAUUUUGGUUGGCUAA